ACAGUGGAUACAGUAGCUGCAAUGGAUACAAAGCAGAGUGCGCUGGUUACAUUGUCUCUCCUCUGUCUGCUCACAGGAUGGUCGCAGGAGUUGACGAUCCUCCCAACCGCAGAUCGUAAAGAGGCAGGUGAUGGAGACAGCGUGAUGUUGGAAUGCCGGUUUGAGCUAGACAAAACAGACAUCGGCCCGCUGGAUAUCGAGUGGUCAAAAACACCCAAUGAUCCAGCAGAUUCGCCAAUCAUUGUCAUUGACUAUUCAGGGGACAGGACCUAUGAGACACGGCUUGAAGAUAUGAAAGGUCGUGUGCACUUCAGUUCACCAGAUCCCAAAAAUGGUGACGCUUCCAUCAAUAUCACCAGGUUGAGACUCAGCGAUUCUGGACGAUACCAUUGCAAAGUGAAGAAGUCUCCUGGUUCAAAGACCAUAUCAAUCACGCUGGAUGUUAUGAUGAGACCAAGCGAUCUAAGAUGUUACGUGGAUGGAAAUCAUGAGGUUGGAAAAGAUGCAAUGUUGAAAUGUUCAAGUCAAGGAACUCCCCCCAUUACAUAUACCUGGACCAGACAGGGCCCUUCAAAUCUGAUGCCUCCUUCUGCAGUUGCAGAUGUGGUCUCAGGAACUCUGAAAUUGAAAAACGCAACAGCUGAUUACUCUGGUGACUACGCAUGUACGGCUCGCAAUAGAGUUGAUAGUUCACAAUGUGUCGUCAGGUUAUCAGUAACUUCCUCCUCCAACAAUGCCGGGAAGAUAGCGGGAGCCAUUAUUGGUGUGCUGCUGGCUUUACUGUUGCUGGCCAUCAUUGUCUGGUGCUGUCUUCGGAGAAAGAAACAGAAAACCUAUGAGAAGGAGCAACCUUAUGAAAUAAGAGAGGAUGUUCCGGCUCCAAAAAGUCGGGUUUCAACGGCUCGAAGUUACACUGUGGGCUCGCAGCGUUCCUCUCUGGGCUCCAUGUCUCCCUCCAACAUGGAACCCUACAAAACCCAUUAUGAUCGACUGGCUACAAACGACGUGGAAUAUCUGCCCAAUCACAGCCCGAAUAUCAACCCUUCGUACAAGGUAGCUGCUCCUAGUCUGAAUCGCAUGGGGGCUGUUCCUGUCAUGAUCCCAGCACAACAUCGCGAUGGUUCCAUUGUGUAGCGCUCCUUUCAAAAACCUUCUUGCCCUAAGCUUUCUGAUACACUACGUGAAUUGAGAGGAAUAGCUUGGAUUUGACAGUCCACUAAUAUUGUGAUUGCCUUUUGUACUGUGUGCACACUUAGAAAGUGUCCUAGUUUUUAUUCUUACCUGAAGCUGUUGAGAAUUAUCUGUACCUGUUAAGAGUGUUCUCUGUGAAUUUUUAUACAUAAUUUGUUUUAGGAAAUCCUUGCACAAACACAUCAGGAAAUCCUUAGUUGCCCUUGGUUCACUUUAAGUUUGUUUGUUCCAACUUGGUGUUAUGUUGUGGAGCAUGCAGUGGAGAAUUGGGAGGUGGGCUGGGGAUGGUGGGGGGUAGUGAGAUCAAAGGGAGGAAACAGCCAGAGUUCUUCCUCCUGAGCAAUAUCUAAUGCGUACAAUUGAGUGGCAUUUGGUGCCAUCCUUUUUAGAUAGUGGUGCUGCCUGCAACCAGACAUUUUCUUUUGGACGCUGUUGCCAAUACAUGAAAAGAAUGACAGAUCCUAUGGAUUCAUAUCUCUGCAGACACUAGGAGUAAACUUACAUUUGCAUUAAAUGGCUUCUGAUAGAUGGCCCUCAUUUGUACUUUGUCGCUUUAGCAUCAGUCCUCUCAAAAACUGACAUUGAAAUGGGUGCCUUCACACUUUCUUGGCUUAUAAAUUAAUUCAGUUUUUAUUUCUUUUUUUUUAUUUGUUUUGGGAGACAUGGUGUACAAAUGAGACUUUGUUUCUCUUUCCUUAAGUUCUUCAAAAUUCAAGGUUGUGCUGGAUGGGUCACUCCCUCUUUUUAUGCUGUUGGUAAACCAACUAGGUGUCUCUGCAUCAGGUUCCCUUUUUUUAAAAUUAGUAAAUAAAAGUAAAUUCUGGAUUUGUUGAGAUGCCCUUUAUCAUUAUAGUAGGACAGAAUGUCACAAUUUUUGAAAGCAUAAUGAAAAUAUGGUAAAAUAAUGUUUGUGCAUCUUGUAUUAUUUUGGUCAGUACUUUUACUUAGUGAAGGGUGGUUGUUAAGGUGACCAGGUAAAGUGAUCCUGAAGAUUGAGGAUAUGAUGUACAGAGAUACUUAGUCAGCCUUCCUCCUUCGUGGCUCACUGGCUGAGAAGUUCAGUCUAAUGAGUCCAGUUGAAUGGUCCCAUUGAAGAAAGUCAUCGAUAUUAAAUCAUAGAAAAAUUAAGGUACACAAAUAAGCUAAUGAUAGGCAAAAUGGCCCUUUCUUGAGUGCAGUUUUAUGGCUUUAUUUUCUUUUGUGCAUCCAGUAAUGAGCCAUAGCAGACCAGAAGGGCACGAUGCCAAUUGCUUGAUGUUGGAUUAGCUGUUGCGUUGCUGAAGUUGGUGACCUCGAUAAUCCUGAGAUAGUGGGAGAGUCGGGUAGAAGUGAUAGAGUCAAGCUAGUCCUCCCCUCUGGGCUGCUACCUGGUGUGCCUCCAAUCUUCCAGGCAAAAGUGCUGCAAAUGUGUGCAAUAUGGGAAACCAUUAAGAAAGAAGAAUCACUGGGAUUAUGGAAAUAGCUAAAGGACAAGCAGUAGAGAGUUAAUUUGAACAGAGGUGUUUUCAGACUUCAGGACACUGUACAUCACAACCAUGCCGCAGAGUCGAUUUUACAGUCGACUGUGUAUACUAGGCCACGUUACAAAAUUUUCACAUCCCAGGAACAGCAUUUGCAAUGCACCUCCACAAACAAACAGCCUUGUUUUGUUAGAGUGUGAGUGGGUGUGUAUACUGAAUGGCAGACAACAGUCCCACAGGAUCUAACACCUAGUUGCAUGUUUUUGGAUCAGGAGAAAUCUAUAUUGGAGUGAGGGAAUAGUUGGAGUUACUUUCCUACCAUUGAUUUGAAGAGGCAGUGAUCCGGAACUAAUUACUACUGCUGUAUCAGAGCAUUGAAAUUCUUUCUAAGCUCGUAAUUUUCUACUUUCAGCUUCUCCUGCACUAUGUUUUCCUAUUUUGUCUGAGGGGUGGUAUAACACUGGGCAAUUUUGUUAUCCAAACUAUAUUUGAAGGAAAUUUGAGCAAGUGCAUUCAUCAUCCCAAAACCCUGCUGUAUACCUUAAAGACUGAGCUUUCAAAUUUUAAUGUAAAUCUUUUGUAAUAAGUUGGAAAUUUGAUUUUCAUGUUGAGCUGUUUUGUGGGUGUUAUUUUGUCUUGUUUGAACCCUGCUGCGUAAAGUUAUUACAUUAUUCUAGCUGCAGGUUACCUCACCAAGAAAAGAUGGCAUAUUGAAGGAUUUAAGUUAAGCAAUUGAUGGGAAAAAGUUAACUGAAUGAAUGGAUAGUGAUGCAAAAACUGCUGAUGUGGAAUUUGGCUUUGUGGUUCUAUUUUACUUUUACAUAGAUUGGAGUCCUGACCUUCAGAUACAGCUGCAUUUCUUUUAUUAGACAGUGACACAGGGACAGGUUUGGCUUGAGUGUUGAUUUGGAUGUGUAGAAGCCUGUUUUCAAUCUCAUCAAAUUCUGAUUCUGUUAUGCAGCAGCUCAUGUUCUGAAGGCUUCAGACAUUUUCUCAGAUGGUUGACAGUAGGCCAGCAAAUUUCUAGGUUUGACUUUUGAUGUCUGUUGUUGAUCAGUGUCAUGAUUUGGGAACUGUCCUGUGUGUUUGGAGCCGACAGCAGCAGCUGUGGUCAGGGUGGGGUAAAGAUGGGUCUGUCUCCUAGUUGUUGACAUUAUUGAAGAUCAGAAACGUGUGAGGACCCGGUGAGGUAAGGAUCCAGCCAGUGAUGCCUGUAAGAGUCAGGCACCAAAUCUCAUCAUGUGGAUCAUUAGAAUCCCUACAGUGCGGAAAGAGGCCAUUCAGCCCAUCACGUCCACACCGACCCUCCAAAGAGCACCCCACCCAGACCCCUACCCUAUCCCCGUAACCCUGCAUUUCCCAUGGCUAAUCCACCCAGCCUGCACAUCCCUGGACAGUAUGGACAAUUUAGCACGGUCAAUUCAUGUAACAUGCAGUUUGUACCAUUUACAAGAUACAGUGCAACAACUCACAAUUCUCUUUGACACAUAUUCCAAUUUGGUGACCUCAACCUACACAUUUCCCUCCAAGUCACACACCAUCUUGAUUUGACCUUUUUUCCCAAGGUCAACACCUAUAAUUCCUUUCCUUAACAGCAGUGUGGUUAUCCCUACACAACAGGAUUGUAGCAGUUUGAGAAGAUACAUUAGCUUCACUUACCAACAAAGAAAAGUGUUUAGACUGUUGAUUCCCAUAUCUGUUCAAAACCAUGAAUGUCCAAGGACAGUUAACUGUUUUGCAAUCUAAAUAAUAGAACCUACCAAAGUCAACUGGCUGCAGUAAUUUCUCAAAGAAGAUGGGCAGCAAACGAUUUAAAGCUGAAAUUCAUUGUAGACUUGUCAAACCACACGUUUGCAAGGUCACCACAUUGUAGAAAGAGUUCUAAUUCUAUUUCUGCUAAAUAAUCAGUUUUAAACAGCCACAUCUACAAUCCUCUGAUAUCGAUUGCCCUUGAGUCCAAAGACUCACUUGAGGGUGGUAUGAGUCAGGAAAUUCCCACUCAUUCCACUUCGGGUUUGUGUCAAGAUAGCUGCUCUUAGUUGGGCUGCUGUGCGAGGUUUUAUGCUGGGAGGGGUGAGCUAACGAGAAUUCCAGCUUAGCCCUAUUAAAAAGGACUCAUGGGUUUUGGCUGAGGAGAACGUAUGUGGGGAUUGGGAUUUAGUUCAAAUGUUUUCUGGAGUGGAAUAGUUAAUAUGGCCUCUUGCCACCAGUUGACUGGUCAGUGUCCCAAGGGAAAGUAUGAGCCUUCAGAAAGGGAUGGUGGGGAGAUGGGCAUGUGGGCAGUUAACGGACAAUAGAGGUUUUUAAACAUUUAUGAAGGAACAUAUGCUUUAAACAAACAUGCAACUGUGGCAGAGGCUGCUAAAUAGCUUGCAAAUUGUUGACACAAAUUGUAUGCACUGACUCUCGUACUUUAUAAAGUGUGUUGUAUCUUUCAGCUUAAAGAGGUAUACUUUUUGAUUAUUCUGUUAUUUCUGUAGCUGACUUUAAAAUAAAGUUUUUAAAUAAACAUUUGAGAUGAUGUAA